AACUGGAGUUGAUUUCUCGUCAAGGUAGGCCUUGAUUCUGCUAUCGCGAGUUUCCCAAAAUUCCACUUGACAAUGGUGCUACUGGAGACGAGCGACGGCAGGAGGAUUAGAGUGGACCUGACGCUGCUGAACCGCUCCCUGGUGAUCCGGGAGAUGUGCCGCGUCAGCGAGGACUCGGCGGACGGUGACUUCGUCCUCCCCCUGCACGGCAUCCGCAGCAAGGUGCUGCUCAAGAUCCUCCUGUGGGCCGAGUUCCACAAGGGACACGAGGAGCCCGCCUGGGUGGCCAACAGCGACCCGAUCAUGUCCUCGGAGAUGGAGGUCCGCACCUCCGACUGGGACAAGGAGUUCCUCCGCGUGGAGAUGGACACCCUCUGCGAGCUGAUGGAGGGCUGCAACUACCUCGAAAUCCCUUGGCUGUUCAAGCUCUGCGCCCAGAAGCUCGUCGGCCAGAGCAGACAGCUCCCGGAGUCGCAGUUCAGCAAGUACCUGGACAAGAUCCCCUCCCUGGCCGAGAUCCAGGGCCUCUUCACCGAGCAGCCCGUCGAGAAGCGCAGCUCCUCCCCUUGAUUUGUCUUUAAAUUAGAGAAGUGAUGAGUGUUGUAGUUGCUUUGGAGAAAUUGUUAGCCACUGUAAGCCAAACUUCUACAUACAGUUUUCCCUUCACAGCAA